AUUCUCAAGCUACAUCUCAAGAAUGUACAAGUUGCUGAUGAUGUCAAUGUAGAAGUGCUUGCUAGGGGGACUGUUGGUUUCUCAGGUGCUGAUCUGGCCAACAUGGUGAAUGCUGCAGCGAUUUAUGCAGCAAGUGAAGGAGACACUAGUGUCACAACCAGACAUCUUGAAUUUGCGAAAGAUAAAAUUCUCAUGGGCCCUGAACGAAAGAGUGCAGUCAUUGAAGCCAAGAACAGGGAGCUGGUGGCGUAUCACGAGGGUGGGCAUGCGCUGGUUGCCUUGUACACUCCUAACGCUUUGCCAAUACACAAAGCAACCAUUAUACCGCGGGGCCAGGCUUUGGGAAUGGUUUCCCAGUUACCAGAGAAAGACGAGUUGAACUGGUCUAAAGCUCAGCUCCUAGCCAGGCUUGAUGUUAGCAUGGGUGGUCGAGUGGCAGAAGAACUUAUCUUUGGCAAAGAAAACGUAACAACAGGGGCUGCAAGUGACAUGGAAGCCUCAAAUAAGAUCGCACAUGCUAUGGUGUCCAUGUAUGGCAUGAGUGACAAGAUUGGAAUGGUUCAAGUGAAGGACGUGGAGAAAUCGAGUCCUGAGUUACAGGCAUUGAUUGAAAGUGAAGUCAAACAACUUCUCAAGGAUUCUUACGAGAGAGCGAAGAAUAUACUCCAGGUGCACUCCAAGGAACACAGUCGCUUAGCAGAAGCCCUGUUGAAAUACGAGACUCUUGACUUGCAAGAAAUCAAAGAGGUUAUCCAAGGAAAGCAGCUCUCCAGAAGUCUGUGACGCGACUGUGACGAAGCCGAACUGCUGAAAUUGUGUUUCGUCGCACCUGUUGUAGACUGAAAUAAUUUUGAAGAUGCGUUUAAAUGGUGAUAUUUCUUGGUCGUUUAAGCUCUCUGUGAGUUUCAGUGAUCGAUACAGUUUGUUGCGUUGACACUCAUUUCUUAAUUGACAUUGUUAUAUAGCCCGAGAUUUCGCUCCCGUAUUAUUUUCAGUGUAGACCGUGUGAGUGUUCUGUAAGAUAGUCCAGUACAACACAGGGGGCUUCAUCGAUCUGUGCUCGAUUUCCACAAUGUUUUAUCUUUUUGGUGUAAUCCCUGACUGUAAAUUUCAGGUAUGAAUGUUAAAGAAUGACGUUUACCGAAAACAA